UAAUAAUAAUUCUAUUCAAAAAUGUAUACGAUUACUAUUGACAAGACGUUUGAGUUCUUUAUGAAAAUAUACUACACAACUGGAAUAUGGCCACGUAAAGAUGAAUCUUUGUUGCGUCAAUCUGCAAAGAGACUAUUCUACGCUUCUUUCGGUGUUUUUUUCCCAAUUAUUUUCGUAUUAAAUUCUAUUUUUUGUGAAGAUCCAGAUGAAUCUCUAUUUUCAGUCCAGAUGGCAAUUAUUGUGUCUAUUUUUUAUUUGAGAUUUUUGUACGCUCUGUUUACGAAAUCAUCGAUUCUCGAAUUUUUAGCCCAACUGGAUCACUACAUUGAAAGCCGUAAAGAAUAUGAGCAAAUAAACCAAAAGACAAAUAAAUUUAUCACAUUCGUGCGUUCAUAUGUUGCCAUGCUCUGGCUAACUGCUUUUGUGCUCAUUAUAUCUAGGCUGCCACUGUUCUCCUCCGAUAGAGGUUUACCAUAUUUUAUCAGUUUCUCUUGGAACGACUCAGAAAUUAUCUAUUGGUUGGCAUUUUUGUUCAUGACAUUGGAAAUUUGUGUGUUUAGCAUAUCUGCUACCUUUACACCCUUCUGUUGGUACUUGUUGCUGAAUUUCUCUAUCAAGUACGACAUGUUGGGAAACAGUUUAAAAAGAUUAGGAAGAGGGGGAGUAAAAAUGGUCAACACAGUAUACAGCAAGAAGAAAAAUAAUCAGUUCAUCGAAGAAAUAACUGUUCAGAUAAAAAAUCAUGUCGACCUUUUCAAUACGUUAGAGCGAUUUAAAGAAUGUUUCCAAACAUUUUUUGCAAGUCAAAUCAUAACCAGUGGUCCCAUUAUUUGUGCGUCAGUUUACAACUUGGCCUUUGCUUCGAGCGAAAAUGUUUUCCUAGCAGAAAUCUAUCUCAGUAUAUUGUUCUAUGGAAUUUUCGAUAUCUUUUUGGUUAUGUACCUGGGAAAUGAGAUUAUCUUGACCAGUGAACCGUUACCCUACUGCUUGUUUCAGUCAAAUUGGAUGGAUCAAUCAGAGUCAGCUAAAAAAUACGUAAUCAUUAUGGCCGAAUUGUUGAAGCAGCCGUAUACGCUGUCCGUUGUUAUAUAUCAAUUGAACUUGGAAACUUUUACUUCGAUAAUUAAUACUGCCUACAGCAUGUUUAACCUCUUAAAAAGUGUUCAAGAAGAAUAA